GAUAAAUAAAAUGAACUACGGAGCGAUAUAUCCGACAACAUCGGUUAAGGAAAUUCAAUUUGUUAUAUAGAGCGUCGACGUUGUAAGGUUUGUUUAGUUCUCUCCGACAAUCUGACGAGAUGAAGUUCCUCGUGUGUUGCUUAUUUGCUGCUUUUGCAGUGGUCGAAUACGUAAAUGGCUACCAUCCUAGAUCCUAUGAGUACUCGAGACCUUACCCGUCUCGUGGAGUCGACCGUGGCUUUGGAAGAUUUUUGAACGACGAAUAUGCCAGCAGUUUGGACAAGGAUGCUAUUGUGUCCAAGGCGAACGAUAUUUGCCCCGGAUAUGGCGAACAAUUCAUGAAUUCUUCAGUGGAAGCGAUCAGCUGCUUCAACUUGGUAGACGAGAACCAAGAGACAGCGUGCUCGCUGAUCCAGAAGCAUUUCGAGCGAUGUGCGCAGCCGAUCAUCAAUACUUUAGAACAAUGUCUACCGGAGCAGUCUAGCACGAUUCCCGCACUGUUCGUGAGAUCGACCGUGAAAAUAUCGGAACAUCUUUGCAAGACAGACGGAGAACACAUAUUCGAAUUGGGCAAUCCCUGCAUCAAGAGCUUCAAUUAUCGCACACAGACUUGCGUGAGGAGGCUCAAAUCCAGGGUUCAACAAUAUUCCCGGAAGAUUCCAUCCGCUCAGGAUAUCUGCGACUUCUUGGGAUCGUUCAGACCAUGUAUUCAAACCCAUCUACAAAACUCUUGCGGCAAUGAAAAGACUAGGGACGCAUUCUUAGGGGUGUAUGACGUCGCAGUGUCAGUGUGCAAUCCAACCAAUAACAACGAGGUUGAAGUUGUUUCUCCAGACCUUGAGUGAGUAAUUUUUUGUCUCAUUUUGUAUUUUACUACUGCGAAUACGUCAUAUUAGAUUCGAAAAUGAUUGUAAAAUAUUUGCGUUAAUGACAUGAAAUAUGUAUUUAAAAAUCAUUAAAAAAUGAUGAGACGGAUUAA